UGCCGCAUGGACUCCGGCUGACAAGAUACUGACGGGUCCAGCUAAGAGAGACCACUGUCCCUGAAUCUCUUCACUUUAAUCUAUUAGUGGUCUUGCUCACAGACGGCCUUCACUGUGUCUGAUCAUGUCUCCUCCUCGGCUCACUGGAGCCCUGCGCUCCUUUUCUAACGUCAGCAAACAGGAUGAUUUAACGCAAGACAUUCAUGAUCUGAAGACCAAACGCUUGAAACGACAGGAAAUAUUUGCUCGUGAUGGUCUGACAUGGCAGAAGAUAGUUCAAUUCUUCACCCAACAUCUACAGAAGAAAGAUCAGCCGGUGGCCACUCAGGAGCUGAAGAACAUCCUCCAAGCAGCCAAGCAGAUCGUCGGUACAGAUUUUGGACAAGACACCAUUGAAAGUGCUGCAGUCUUCUUGUUUAAAACAUUCCACAACAAAGACCAAAUCGGUCAUGAGGAAACCAGGGCCAUAAAACACAUGUUCGGACCAUUCCCGGCGUCUGCUGCUGAAUUAUCCUGUGCAGCGGUGGGCCGUUUAGUGGCCCAGAUCGGAGAAUCUCAGGUGGAGGCUUUCAUCCAAACACAGAGUUCUCUCAAGACGCUGGACCGGAGUUCUGUCUUUGGCCGAAACAUUGCUUUCUCAUUUGACACCUAUGUGCUGGAUGUUCAAGAUGAUUUUCCCUGGUCAGAUGGGACUGAUAUGGAACAGAUGGUGGACUUUCACAGCUUUCUCAAUAAUAAUGUUGGUGAGAGAAGAGUUGGAGGUGAGAGAGAGGAUGUUUACUCUGCAGAAGAACUGGAGCAGAGGAACACAGACGGUUCCAUUCUGAGACAAGAGGUGGAGAAAUACCUGAAUGAGGGAAAUAUGGUGUCUUCCAGCGCCGAGGAGCUCUCCACCUCUCUAUUCGAAAUGCUGGCCUCCACAAGAAGUGAUGACGAACUACAAAACGAGCUCUUUGAGUUUCUGGGUCCUGAGGGGUUUGAGAUGAUCUCCAGGCUCCUUCAGAGAAGGUCAGACAUUGUGGACGCUUUGGUGUCCAUCCCAGCAGACAGCAGGCAUCACUUCACAUCAGGAAAGCCUAAAGGCCUGCGAGAUGAAUCCAACAUGCCCACAUACGGCUGUCAGGUGACCAUCCAGUCCGAGCAGGAGAAACAGAUGAUGAAGAUCUACAGAAAGGAGGAGAAGAAGGAGAGAAAGCGUGAGAGACGAGGAGAUGAUGGGGAAUCCUCUGAAAGUGCGUUUCAUUUUGACCCCAUGGAGCUGAGACUGCAGAGGGAGCAGGCUUUGCUGGCAGCACGCUCUUCUCCAGUUUUAGGCCGGCACAGAGAUUACGAGCGCAUUCGCUACCCUCACGUAUAUGAUUCUUACGGCGAAGCCAUCAAAACAUCUGCGUUCAUCGGAGGAUCCAAGAUGCUGCUGCCCGAGGGGAUCAGAAGAGACAAUAAUAAGAUGUACGAGGAGGUGGAGAUCCCCCCCAACGAGCCCAUGCCCAUCGGUUUUGAGGAAAAAGCAGUGUUCAUCUCGGAGCUGGACGAGAUCGGCCAGUUGGUAUUCAAGGGAAUGAAGAGGCUGAACAGAAUCCAGUCUAUAGUGUUCGAGACGGCUUACAACACCAAUGAAAACCUGCUCAUAUGCGCCCCCACUGGUGCCGGAAAAACCAACAUUGCCAUGCUCACAAUUCUACAUGAGAUCCGCCAGCACAUACAGCCUGGAGGAGUCAUCCGCAAGGACCAGUUUAAGAUUGUGUACGUGGCUCCGAUGAAGGCCCUGGCUGCUGAGAUGACUAAUUACUUCAGUAAGCGAUUGGAGCCUUUAGGCAUCGCCGUCAAGGAGCUGACGGGAGACAUGCAGCUGACCAAAGGAGAAAUCCUGCGCACUCAGAUGUUGGUGACGACUCCAGAGAAGUGGGAUGUGGUGACCAGGAAGAGUGUGGGCGAUGUGGCUUUAUCUCAGGUGGUCCGUCUGCUGAUCCUGGAUGAAGUUCAUCUCCUGCAUGAGGAUAGAGGGCCCGUUCUGGAGAGCCUGGUGGCCCGGACGCUGCGCCAGGUGGAGUCGACCCAGAGUAUGAUCCGAAUACUUGGUCUCUCUGCAACUUUGCCAAAUUACCUGGACGUGGCGUCUUUCCUCCACGUGAACCCUUUCAUUGGAUUGUUCUACUUUGACAGCCGUUUUCGUCCUGUUCCUCUUGGCCAGAGCUUCGUUGGCAUCAAGACUACAAAUAAGGUCCAGCAGCUGCACGACAUGGAGGAGGUUUGUUAUGAAAAAGUCCUGAAGCAGAUUAAAGCGGGUCACCAGGUGAUGGUGUUUGUGCAUGCACGAAACUCCACCGUCCGCACCGCCAUGAGUCUCAUCGAGAUGGCCAAAAACAGAGGAGAACUGUCCUUCUUUCAGGUCGACCAGGGUCCAGACUACGGCCAGUGUGAGAAACAGAUUCAGCGCUCCAGGAAUAAGCAGAUGCGGGAGAUGUUUCCUGAUGGGUUCGGGAUUCAUCAUGCUGGGAUGCUGCGUCAGGACCGCUCGCUGAUGGAGAGCAUGUUUUCCAGAGGAUACCUGAAGACUCUAGUGUGCACCGCCACGCUGGCCUGGGGAGUCAACCUGCCGGCACAUGCCGUCAUCAUCAAGGGCACUAAUAUCUACGAUGCGAAGCGUGGAGCUCUGGUGGAUCUGGGCAUCCUGGAUGUUAUGCAGAUCUUUGGUCGCGCCGGACGGCCACAGUUUGAUAAAUACGGAGAGGGAACCAUCAUCACAACACACGACAAACUCAGCCAUUACCUGACACUGCUGACCCAGCAGAACCCCAUCGAGAGUCAGUUCCAGCAGAGCCUCGCUGACAACCUUAAUGCUGAGAUCGCUCUCGGGACGGUCACUAAUGUUGACGAAGCCGUCCGCUGGUUGAGCUACACCUACCUGUACGUGCGAAUGAGAGCCAAUCCACUGGCUUAUGGGAUCAACCACAAGGCCUAUCAGAUGGACCCGCAGCUGGAGCUCUACAGGAAGGAGCUAGUGGUGGAGUCCGGCAGGAAGCUGGAUAAAGCACGGAUGAUCCGAUUCGACGAGAGGACGGGUUACUUCGCAUCUACAGACCUCGGCAGGACAGCCAGUCACUUCUACAUUAAAUACAACACCAUAGAGUCGUUCAAUGAGCUGUUCAAUGCACAGAACACUGAAGCAGACGUGCUCAGCAUCGUCUCCAAAGCUGAAGAGUUUGAGCAGAUCAAGGUGCGGGAUGAGGAGCUGGAGGAGCUUGAGAAGAUGUUGUGUAAUUUCUGUGAGUUGCCGGCGUCUGGAGGAGUGGAGAACGGCUACGGCAAGAUCAACAUCCUGCUGCAGACCUACAUCAGCCGUGGAGAAGUGGACAGUUUCUCACUCGUCUCUGACCUGUCAUAUGUAGCGCAGAACGCAGCUCGUAUCAUGCGGGCUCUGUUUGAGAUGGCUCUGAGGAAGCGCUGGCCCGCCAUGACCUACCGCUUGCUGAAUCUGUGUAAGGUGAUGGACAAGCGUCUGUGGGGCUGGACUCACCCGCUCAGACAGUUCAACACACUGCCGGCUUCAGCACUGGCCCGGAUGGAGGACAAGAACCUCACCAUCGACAAACUCCGAGAUAUGGGCAAAGACGAGAUCGGUCACAUGCUGCAUCACGUGAACAUCGGUCUGAAAGUGAAGCAGUGUGUUCAUCAGAUUCCCGCCAUCCUGCUGGAGUCCAGCAUUCAGCCAAUCACCCGCACCGUCCUGCGCGUCCGCCUCAGCAUCACUCCAGACUUCAGGUGGAAUGACCAGGUCCACGGUUCAGUUGGAGAGCCCUGGUGGUUAUGGGUAGAGGAUCCCAUCAAUGACCACAUCUACCACUCUGAGUACUUCCUGCUGCAGAAGAAACAGGUUGUGAGUGGAGAGCCGCAGCAGGUGGUCUUCACCAUCCCCAUCUUUGAGCCCAUGCCUUCUCAGUAUUACAUCCGCGCCGUGUCUGACCGCUGGCUGGGCUCUGAAGCCGUGUGUAUCAUCAACUUCCAGCACCUCAUUCUGCCAGAAAGACACCCGCCACACACAGAACUCUUGGAUCUUCAGCCAUUGCCGAUUACUGCAUUGGGAAACAUCGAGUAUGAGAGCCUAUACAAGUUCACACACUACAAUCCCAUUCAGACGCAGAUCUUCCACACGCUCUACCACACAGACACCAAUGUCCUGCUGGGGGCUCCUACCGGCUCCGGCAAAACCAUCGCUGCGGAGAUGGCCAUAUUCAGAGUCUUCAACGUGUACCCCACCUCAAAGGUGGUCUACAUCGCUCCUCUCAAAGCUCUGGUUCGAGAGAGAAUCGAAGACUGGAAGAUCAGAAUAGAAGAGAAGCUUGGGAGAAAGGUGGUCGAGUUAACUGGUGACAAUACACCAGACAUGCGAGCUAUAGCUCAGGCUGACCUGAUCGUCACGACUCCAGAGAAGUGGGACGGAGUGAGCCGCAGCUGGCAGAACCGCAGCUAUGUGCAGAAAGUGGCCAUUCUCAUCAUUGACGAGAUCCAUCUUCUGGGUGAAGACCGAGGGCCGGUUCUUGAAGUCAUUGUGUCCAGAACCAACUUUAUUUCAUCGCACACCUCAAAAAGAGUCAGAGUAGUCGGACUGUCCACCGCGCUGGCUAAUGCACGAGAUCUAGCCGACUGGCUGGGCAUCGGACAGGUGGGACUGUUUAAUUUCCGACCCUCUGUUCGCCCGGUGCCAUUGGAGGUUCAUAUCCAGGGCUUUCCAGGACAGCAUUAUUGCCCUAGAAUGGCCACCAUGAACAAACCAGUUUUCCAAGCAAUCCGCACCCAUUCUCCUGCCAAACCCGUCCUGAUAUUCGUGUCGUCCCGCCGGCAGACGCGUCUCACAGCUCUUGACCUCAUUGCCUUUCUGGCUACUGAAGACGACCCCAAACAGUGGCUCCACCAGGACGAGAGAGAGAUGACCGACAUCAUCGCCACUGUCAGAGAGUCGAACCUGAAGCUGACGCUGGCGUUUGGGAUCGGGAUGCAUCACGCAGGCCUUCACGAGCGGGACAGGAAGACCGUGGAGGAACUCUUCGUCAACUGUAAGAUUCAGGUGUUAAUUGCGACGAGCACACUGGCAUGGGGCGUCAACUUUCCUGCCCACCUGGUGAUCGUGAAGGGCACAGAAUACUAUGACGGAAAGACCAGGCGCUACGUGGAUUACCCCAUAACAGAUGUUCUCCAGAUGAUGGGGCGGGCAGGGCGACCGCAGUUCGACGACCAGGGCAAGGCUGUUAUCCUUGUGCACGACAUCAAGAAGGACUUUUAUAAGAAGUUCCUCUACGAGCCGUUCCCUGUGGAGUCUAGUCUUCUUAGUGUGCUCUCCGACCACUUGAAUGCAGAAAUCGCAGCAGGCACGGUCACCUCAAAGCAGGACGCCAUGGAUUACAUCACUUGGACGUAUUUCUUCCGCAGACUGGUCAUGAACCCCAGCUACUAUAAUUUGGACGACAUCAGCCAUGAAACCAUUAAUAAAUACCUGUCGAACCUGGUGGAGAGGAGUCUGAGGGAUCUGGAAUGUUCUUACUGCAUGGAGAUACAACAGGACGAGCAAACCAUCGAGCCCCUGACAUACGGCCGCAUUUCAUCCUAUUAUUACCUGAAACACCAGACCAUCCGCAUGUUCAAAGAGCGCCUGAAGCCGGAGUGCCGGUCCCACGAGCUGCUGGCCAUCCUGUCGGUGAUGCAUGUGUUGUGUCUGCAGGCUAUGCUGGAUGUGGUGGCGAAUGAAGGCUGGCUUGUGUCUGCGCUGAGUCUCUGUAAUCUGGUCCAGAUGAUCAUCCAGGCCCGAUGGCUGCACGAUUCCUCCCUGCUCACACUCCCUCACAUCCAGAAGCAGGAGCUCUAUGUCUUCAGGAGGUGGAGCUCCAGAGGUGUGAGGGCUGGAUGUGGUCACCAAGGCCCAAUCGAGGGUCUUCCUGAGCUGAUGGCAGCCUGUGAUGGAAAAGAGGACAUCUUUACGUCUAUGGUGAAGGAAGUGCUGCAACCCAAUCAGAUCUCUCAGGCCUGGCUGUACGUGAGUCAGCUGCCGGUGCUGGAGCUCAGUCUGAGUGUGAAGGGAUUCUGGGAAAACUCUGUAGAGCAGACAGAGCGAGCGAUUCCUGCUCAGGUGUCCAGCAUCCGAGAGGAGUCCAGCUGGCUGCCACUGCAUGCGGAUCAGGAGUACGUCCUGCAGGUGUCCAUGCGCAGGCUCAAUGCAGGACAGCACAGGAGGAAGCAGGACAGCAGAGCUCAGGCGCCGCGUUUCCCCAAACCUAAAGAUGAAGGCUGGUUUCUGGUCCUCGGGGAGGUGGAGAAGAAAGAGCUGCUGGCCAUCAAGCGUGUGGGGUUUGUUCGCAAUCACAGCAGCGUGUCUGUGGCCUUCUACACUCCUGAGAAAACUGGAAAGUGUAUCUACACGCUGUACCUGAUGAGCGACAGUUACCUGGGCCUGGAUCAGCAGUACGACAUCCAUCUCAAUGUCAUCCCGGCCAGCAUUGCUGCACAAGUCAACAGCGAAGUAGCGGAUAGUGUUGGUAAACUGGCCCUGCGGUGACCUCAUCCUGGGAUAAACCAAAGCGAAGUGUAGGGGUGUUCGGUUUUUUGUUUAUUUGUUUUCUAUAAGACCUUCACUGUAAUGCAGGUCUAUAAUAGGCUUUUUUUAUUUGAUUAAAGAUUUAGAGGAUUGCAACAUCUGGCCCAAAUAGUCUAUUUACUCGUAGAUUUCAUUUCUAGCACUUGAAGAUGAGAGAUCAGAUGGUUGUAAUUGAGUUGAGGAGAGCCUGAGAACCGUCAUCUGUUCACUCAUUCAGCCUGCAUUAUUACUCUUAUUACACUCAAAUAAUGUUCAUUGCUAAUUGUUUAUUUAAGGUGUAUUUAAACACAAAUUUAGUUGAACAUUACUUGUUUAAAUUCAGUUCAAUUGUUUGCAACCACUGAGCUUAAAAAACUGUGGUAAGCCCAAUGAAUGUUUUUUGAUUUCAGUGUACUCUUUACUCAGUGCUCUUUGUUGUUCAUUCGUAACACUCCGCAGUUCAUUUCAGAAUAUUGGUUGUGUCCCAAUA